AUGUUCGGCUUCUCCUACCCCACCACCGCUUUCGAGCCUUAUUGGGGACCCCCUUCUGCCACGAUCGACUGGUGUGAGGAGAACUAUUUGUUCUCCCCAUACAUUGCAGAAAUAGUCAACUCCCUCACCAACGUCGGGUUUAUACUCCUAGCCACCCACCACAUCUACUCCACUUUCAAGAACGGCCACGGCCUCCUGUACAUCUUCAUAUCGCUGGGCUUUGCCUCCGUCGGAGUAGGCAGCUUCAUGUUCCACUCCACCCUCUGGUACGAGCACCAGCUCAUGGACGAGUUGCCCAUGGUCUGGGUCACCGCCAUCCCCUUCGGCUACAUCUGGGGCUGGAACAGGCCAGAGCCGUGGCACCUGCUCGCCAACGUCGGCACCUUCCUCGUCACUUCGCUCUUCACGUACAUCUACAUCUACGUAUACAGAAACCCCGUCUUCCACCAGGCGUUCUACGCUAUCUUGAACUUCGGCGUCAUCUACAAAACCGUGAAAACCACCCAGGAGUGCAUUCCAGACCCGCAGGUCAGACGCAGGCAGUACAAGUUGUUGAUCCUCGCCUUCUCCUUGUUCAUCUUUGGCUUUUUCAUCUGGAACUUGGACAACAUCUUCUGCAAAACACUAAUAAAUUGGAGACGCUCCUAUCUCGGUAUGCCCCUCGGUAUCCUUCUUGAAGGACAUGGCUGGUGGCACGUUUUUACCGGCUUGGGUAUCUACUACUUCGUGCUUUAUAACAUGAUUCUGACGACCUACAUGAGAGGCGAAGCCGACCAGUACGAAAUCGUCAGAUAUGGCUUCUUGGUCGAGGUCAGGAGAAAGCGUGUCAAGAUGAACUGA